AGAGAGAGAGAGAGAGAGCAUAUUUAAGCGCUGCUUUAGGAAACACAACUGUUUUGGAAUUUUCUUCACUCUUCUCAAAGGGAUCGAAAAAAAAAGAUCAUAAAAAGAAAGAAAGAAGAGAAAAAGGAAAGAAAUCCACUCAGCAAAACCCGUCGUUGUUCACUGAUUCUGCAAAUCUUACUCCAUCAAAACUUUUACUGCUUUUCUCUCUCCUCUCUCUCUCUCUACAAGUCAAUCGAAGGAGUCAGAGUCGGCUGAUCUGCGAGGUUGUGGUAUCAAUUUGGGAAGGGAGAUGUCGUCGUCGCUGAGCAGAGAACUGGUUUUUCUGAUUCUUCAGUUCUUGGAUGAGGAGAAAUUCAAGGAUACAGUUCACAUGUUGGAGAAAGAGUCGGGGUUUUUCUUCAACAUGAGGUAUUUUGAGGACGCUGUGACUAACGGCGAGUGGGACGAUGUGGAGAAGUACUUAUCUGGGUUUACAAAGGUGGAAGAUAACAGAUACUCGUUGAAAAUUUUCUUCGAGAUCCGGAAGCAGAAAUACCUUGAAGCACUCGAUAAGCAAGAUCGUGCCAAGGCUGUAGAGAUUCUUUGCAAGGAUUUGAAAGUCUUCUCUACUUUUAGUCAAGACCUAUUUAAAGAAAUAGCACUCCUUCUAACACUGGGAAAUAUUAGGGAGAACGAGAAACUUUCCAAAUAUGGAGAUGCUCUGUCAGCCAGGGCUUUACUGUUUGUUGAGCUUAAGCAGCUGAUUGAGGCAAAUCCAGUAUUUCAUGAUAAGCUUCAAUUUCCGAUGUUAAAGAACUCAAGGCUACGGACGCUAAUUAAUCAAAGUUUAAAUUGGCAGCACCAGCUUUGCAAGAAUCAGAAGCCAAACCCUGACAUAAAAACACUUUUUGUGGACCAUACAUGUGGGCAACCUAAUGGUGCUCGGGCUCCUUCCUCUGUUACUAACCAUCUAAUGGCCAUGCCUAAAGUGGGUGGUUUCCCACCGCUUGGUGCUCAUGGUCCCUUUCAGCCAGCACCAGGACCUGCACCUCUUGCGACAUCUUUUGGAGGAUGGAUGGUUAAUGCAUCCUCUGUGCCUCACCAGGUUGUUUCUGCUGGGCCUACAGGCAUAACUCCAAGUAAUGCAGCAGUUAUGCUGAAGCGUCCUAGGACGCCUCCCCCUAGCAAUUUGGCAAUGGACUAUCAAACAGCAGAUUCUGAGCACAUGCUGAAGAGAUCACGACCUUUUGGACUAUCAGAUGAGGUCAACAAUCUCCCUGUUAAUAUGCUUCCUGUAACAUAUCCUGGUCAGAGUCCUGCCCAUCCCUUGUACACUUCUAAUGACUUGCCCAAGACAGUAGUCGCGAACUUGAAUCAGGGUUCUGCUGUCAAGAGCAUGGAUUUCCAUCCGGGGCAAUAUACUCUUCUUCUUGUUGGAACAAAUAUAGGGGACAUUGCAUUGUGGGAGGUUGCUAACAGGGAGAGGCUUGCUUUCAGAAAUUUCAAAGUUUGGGAGCUUGGAAGAUGUACAACGACUCUGCAGGAAGCUCUGGCCAAUGAAUAUACCGCAUCAGUGAACAGAGUGGCGUGGAGUCACGAUGGCGUGCUUUUCGGUGUUGCAUACUCCAAGCAUAUUGUGCACAUUUAUGCGUAUCAUGGGGGUGAUGAUAUACGGAACCACCUGGAGAUUGAUGCUCAUGUUGGUAAUGUUAGCGAUCUUGCUUUCUCUCGUCCAAACAAAGAACUAUGCAUCAUAACUUGUGGAGAGGACAAGUCUAUUAGGGUGUGGGAUGCUGCCACUGGUUCUAAGCAGUACACUUUUGUGGGUCAUGAGGCACCUGUUUAUUCUGUGUGCCCGCAUACUAAGGAAAACAUUCAGUUCAUCUUUUCAACGGGUAUUGAUGGGAAGAUUAAGGCUUGGUUAUAUGAUAAUGCGGGUUCAAGAGUUGAUUAUGAUGCGCCAGGUCAUUCUUGCACAACAAUGGCUUACAGUGCUGACGGCACAAGGUUGUUCUCAUGUGGGACUACUAAAGAAGGAGAAUCAUACAUAGUAGAAUGGAAUGAAAGCGAAGGGGCUGUCAAGCGGAUGUAUCAUGGCCUUGGGAAACGGUCUGUUGGGGUUGUGCAAUUUGAUACAACGCAAAAUCGAUUCUUGGCCGCAGGCGAUGACUUUCUUAUCAAAUUUUGGGAUAUGGACAAUCUUAGUCUAUUGACAACUGCUGAUGCAGAGGGUGGAUUAACGGCUUCACCUUGCAUUCGGUUUAGCAACUCAGGAAUACUAUUGGCUGUCUCAACUAGUGAGAAUAGUGUAAAGAUUCUUGCAAACUCCAUUGGUGUAAGGCUUGUGCGGUCCAUUGGAAGCCGUGCAGUUGAUGCAUCUAACAUAGCUUCUGGAACUGCUGCAAAGAAUGGAGAUUACCAAAGUUUGCCAGAUGUGAAGCCUAAAAUCACAGAUGAGCUGUCAAAGUCUAAGAUUUGGGAGCUGACCGAAAUCAAUGAACCCUCUCAGCUUCGUUCAUUGAGGCUUCCUGAUAUAUUGUCAGUAAGGAUUAUUAGGUUGAUUUACACAAAUUCAGGAGGUGCCAUAUUGGCAUUAGCAUAUAAUGCCAUACACAAACUAUGGAGAUGGCAAAGGAAUGAACGGAACUCGACAGGAAAGGCAACUACAAGUGUACCACCGCAGUUAUGGCAACCUUCUAGUGGAAUAUUAAUGACCAAUGAUAAAUGUGAUGCAAAUCUUGAAGAUGUUGUUCCAUGCUUUGCACUUUCAAAGAAUGAUUCCUAUGUCAUGUCUGCUUCAGGAGCAAAAAUUUCCCUGUUUAAUAUGACAACAUUCAAGACGAUGACAACAUUCAUGCCGCCUCCACCUGCAGCAACAUUCCUUGCCUUCCAUCCGCAGGAUAAUAAUAUUAUUGCCGUUGGCAUGGAGGACUCUUCAAUACAAAUUUACAAUGUUCGCACUGAUGAGGUUAAAAUCAAGCUUAAAGGGCAUCAGAAGAGAGUAACUGGCCUUGCCUUCUCGAAUGUUCUAAAUGUUCUUGUAUCAUCUGGAGCUGAUGCUCAGCUCUGCGUUUGGAAGACAGAUGGAUGGGAGAAGCAGACUAGUAAGUUCUUGCAAAUACCAUCUGGGCAUACGCCAACUUCUCUUGCACAAACCCGUGUCCAAUUUCAUCAAGAUCAAGUCCAUCUGCUGGUGGUCCACGAAACCCAGAUAGCGAUACAUGAGGCACAAAAGCUUGAAUGUGUUAAGCAGUGGGUUCCGCAAGAGUCGAGCGUUGCACUCACGGAUGCUACAUACUCUUGUGAUAGCCAAACAAUAUAUGCCAGCUUUGAUGAUGGUAGUGUAAGCGUAUUCACUGCUGCAACACUCAGACCAAGGUGUCACAUUAGCCCCACUGCCUAUUUACCUUCUAGUCCCAGCGCGAGGAUAUAUCCACUUGUUGUUGCUGCCCAUCCAUCUGAUCCUCAUCAGGUUGCUUUGGGACUUACUGAUGGUGGAGUUCAUGUGUUGGAACCCUUAGAAGCUGAGGGAAGGUGGGGUACCACCCCACCAGUUGAAAAUGGUGCUGGACCUGCUGGUCCUAGCAUCACUCCUGCUGCAGCUUCUUCAGACCAGGCGUCAAGGUAACUUUGGUUACCCGUGGCUUUAUUGACUGCUAAAAAUGUAUAGGAACAUUCCCAAUUUUCCUUCUGGGGCAACUUAAAACUUUAGGUAUGUUAGUUUGUAGUAUACACAGCUCUGAUGGGUAGCAAAAUGCUGAGGCGAUUGUUGUUGUCAAAAGGCGGUCAGGAUUUCGGCCGUUGCUUGUACAUAGAGUUACAGUAAAAUGGUAUGAAACUGUUGAUACAAGUGAAAAGAAGACAGAUGGCAGGAUAGCAGGAAUUAGGGCUGACUUGAAGAAUUUAGGCUGUUAAACAGCUCAAGGGAACUCAAUAAUGAAUUUGUUUGUUAUAGCCUCUGCAAAGUCUUUCUUGUGUACUUGGAAGACCAACUGAUAUUUCAGUUCUGUUUAGAUCAUUUUGAAGAUAACUGAAACAUCUCUCUCAUGAAUGUUUUGCACCUUUC